AUGGCUAGGAACCCGACCAACCUGACCCAGCUUGAGGCCUACGCCAAGGAAGAAUGGGCCAACAUCCCGCAGGAGACGUGCAGGAAGCUUGUGGACACUUACAGGAAUCGUCUAGGAGCAGUCAAACCAGUGCAGAUUAAUGCACCCCUUGUGUAUGGCCUGUUAGCCAUUGGCUUUUCAUUUUGCAUUAGUUUCUUGCAGUCCGGAAUCUUACAGUUUACCCUAAGUAUGGUCGGAUUGAUCUCUGGCGGUGUCCUUGGUGUCUUUAUCUUAGGUGUAUUCGCCCAUCGUUGUAAUGCUAAGGGGGCUAUUGCUGGGUUCAUGGCCAGUGUGAUCGUCUUGGUGUGGAUCAAGACAGGGUCCGUUCUAUACCCCUCAUCAAGGGGCCAACUGCAUUUAUCGGUUGAAGGUUGCCCAGUACCCAAUGUCACAUACACGACCUACACCAGCCCAACCACAGAAUGGACGGCGGGAACACUCCCCGGGUCGACCAUGGAACCAGGGUCUGAGAACCUGCCAGCUAUCAUCAACUUGUAUCAUAUAUCAUUCCAAUAUUAUGGAGCUAUCGGAACCAUAGUGUGUAUCAUCACAGCAAUGAUCGUCAGUUAUAUAACAGGUUUUCAGGAUCCUGAUUUGAUUGAUAAUCGUCUAAAGUAUCACCUGACAGACGCCCUCUUCUGUUGUUUCCCCGAAAGUCUCAAACGUCACAUGCGCUGCAGUUCUGAAAAGAUCAAAUACCAAGAGGACGAUGAUAAAGACAUAGUGAUCGUCCAGAAAGAGAUGAAAGAGGUCAACGUCAAUGCAUUCCUCAAUGAUCAUGUUGAUGAUCAGGACAUCGAUUACAAUGGCAUCAACGUGCACGCUAAACCACUCGAAGAUAGCAAUGAUGUCAUCGAGACAGAGAAAGGAAGCUCAAUGCCAUGAUAAAAUUAGCGGCAGACGUGAGGAUUCUUUCACUAAAACUCUUGGCAGUGAUUGCCACAAUUAGGUCGAUCAUAACAUAAUUCAUACCUAUUUUCUAUAUGCCUCUUUGUAAGAGUGGCCUACGUAACAUGCACGUCAGCACAUUUGUGCUUUAUGAAGUAAUAUGUAUAAAAGACUAUAUUCUAUUUCAACAAAGGUUCAUAUUUGAUGCUUCUUCUGUAACACACUUGUAUUUUGUGGUCAUUACUUAAGCCACGGCUACAAAGGUUCGUACGAACGAUGUAUUCGUAUGAAUCUCACCGUCCGUACGAAUUCUGGAGUUCGUAGACAUUCGUAGAUCAUGUAGAUGGGCCAUAGAUCAUGUAGAUUCCCACGGCCUUUUUACGAAUUAACGUACGA